GCCACGGGAGCGGAGUACUGCGGCAGCGGGCAGAGCCGCGGAGGGAGACCGAGUCCUGAAAAGGUAGCAGUGCGGCUGGUUAGUUUCGCCGGUCUUUCACCGCAAGUAUCAGAGAGCAAACGAAGGAAGCGCACUUCUGCGUGAUGCUCCGCUUGAGACCGCAGCAUUUCAUUUGAAAGACAUCUCACGGAGGAGAGAGAUUGUAGCCUGUCCAUUUUGAAGGCAAGGCAUUUUGAUAUAAUUCGCCGCGAGGGGCUGACACCUCUCAAGCCGUGCAUCACCUGAGAGGAGACGAGUGACUGCGCCAACAUGGGGUAUGGGCGGUCAGACAGUUACCGCGUUGCCACCACACAGGACAAAGAUGACCGAUCCCCCAAGAAGAAGAAGGGGGCAACCAAGGACAUGGAUGACCUGAAGAAAGAAGUUCCCAUUACGGAACACAAGAUGUCUGUAGAGGAAGUAUGCAGGAAAUUCCAGACUGACAUUGUCCAGGGACUGACCAAUGCCAAGGCAGCAGAGUUUCUGAUCAGGGACGGUCCCAAUGCUCUCACCCCUCCUCCCACCACCCCUGAGUGGGUCAAGUUCUGUCGCCAACUGUUUGGUGGAUUCUCCAUCCUGCUGUGGAUCGGCGCCAUCCUCUGCUUCCUGGCCUACGCCAUCCAGGCAGCCACUGAGGAUGAACCUGCAGGAGACAAUUUGUACCUAGGUAUUGUGCUCACAGCUGUCGUCAUCAUCACCGGUUGUUUCUCAUACUUCCAAGAGGCCAAGAGUUCCAAAAUCAUGGAGUCUUUCAAGAACAUGGUGCCUCAGCAAGCAUUGGUGAUCCGUGAGGGCGAGAAGGUACAGAUCAAUGCUGAAGAAGUGGUGGCCGGAGAUCUGAUCGAAGUGAAAGGAGGAGACAGGAUCCCUGCUGACAUCAGGGUGGUUUCUGCUCAUGGCUGCAAGGUGGAUAACUCCUCCCUGACAGGCGAGUCAGAACCUCAGAGCAGGUCACCUGACUGUACCCAUGACAACCCCCUGGAGACCCGAAACAUUGCUUUCUUCUCCACCAACUGUGUGGAAGGCACAGCGCGUGGCAUUGUUAUCUGCACUGGAGACCGCACAGUCAUGGGUCGAAUUGCUACUCUGACCUCUGGACUGGAGACCGGCAAAACCCCUAUUGCUAAGGAGAUCGAGCACUUCAUCCAAAUCAUCACAGGUGUGGCCGUCUUCUUGGGUAUCACAUUUUUCGUCCUGGCCCUAAUCCUGGGUUACUCCUGGCUGGAGGCUGUCAUCUUCCUCAUCGGCAUCAUUGUGGCAAACGUGCCCGAAGGGCUUCUGGCCACAGUCACUGUAUGUCUGACCCUGACUGCCAAACGUAUGGCUAAGAAGAACUGCCUGGUGAAGAACUUGGAGGCUGUGGAAACCCUGGGCUCCACCUCCACCAUCUGCUCUGACAAGACAGGCACCCUGACCCAGAACAGGAUGACUGUGGCCCACAUGUGGUUUGACAACCAGAUCCACGAGGCCGACACCACUGAGGACCAGUCUGGUGCCUCAUUUGACAAGAGUUCAGUGACAUGGCUGUCACUGGCUCGUGUCGCCGCUCUGUGUAACCGCGCUCAGUUCAAGGCAGGACAAGACUCAGUGGCCAUCCUGAAGCGUGAUGUUGCUGGUGAUGCCUCGGAGUCGGCCCUGCUGAAGUGUAUCGAGCUGUCCUGUGGCUCAGUCAGGAUGAUGAGGGAAAGGAACAAGAAGGUGGCUGAGAUCCCCUUUAACUCCACCAACAAAUACCAGCUCUCAGUGCAUGAGACAGAGGAUCCCAAUGACAACCGCUACCUGCUGGUGAUGAAGGGAGCCCCUGAGAGGAUCCUAGACCGUUGCUCUACCAUCCUGGUGCAGGGCAAGGAGCAGCCUAUGGAUGAGGAGAUGAAGGAAGCUUUCCAGAAUGCCUACAUGGAGCUGGGAGGACUGGGAGAGAGAGUACUGGGUUUCUGCCACCUACUGCUUCCGGAAGACCAGUACCCCAAGGGUUUUGCCUUUGACACAGAUGAUGUCAACUUCCAGACGGACAACCUUUGCUUUGUUGGCCUCAUGUCCAUGAUUGACCCUCCCCGUGCUGCUGUGCCUGAUGCUGUUGGCAAAUGCCGAUCUGCUGGUAUCAAGGUCAUUAUGGUCACUGGAGACCACCCAAUCACAGCCAAGGCCAUCGCCAAGGGAGUAGGCAUCAUCUCAGAAGGCAAUGAGACAGUGGAGGACAUUGCAGCUCGUCUCAACAUACCUGUCAGCCAGGUCAACCCCAGGGAUGCCAAGGCCUGUGUGAUCCACGGUACAGACCUAAAAGAUCUAUCUCAGGAUCAGAUGGAUGACAUCCUGAGGAAUCACACAGAGAUCGUGUUUGCUAGGACCUCACCACAACAGAAACUCAUCAUCGUAGAGGGUUGCCAGAGACAGGGCGCCAUUGUAGCCGUGACAGGUGAUGGUGUGAAUGACUCUCCUGCACUGAAAAAGGCCGACAUUGGUGUUGCCAUGGGAAUCUCAGGCUCCGAUGUGUCCAAACAGGCUGCAGACAUGAUCUUGUUGGAUGACAAUUUUGCAUCUAUUGUCACAGGAGUGGAAGAAGGCCGCUUGAUCUUUGAUAACCUUAAAAAGUCCAUCGCCUACACACUGACCAGCAACAUCCCAGAAAUCACACCCUUCCUGCUGUUCAUCAUCGUCAACAUUCCCCUGCCACUGGGAACCAUCACUAUCCUGUGUAUUGAUCUGGGAACGGACAUGGUGCCAGCCAUCUCCCUGGCUUAUGAAGCAGCCGAGAGCGACAUCAUGAAGCGUCAGCCCAGGAACCCAUUCAGGGACAAGCUGGUGAAUGAAAGGCUUAUCAGCAUUGCCUAUGGACAAAUUGGUAUGAUCCAGGCUCUAGGAGGCUUCUUCUCCUACUUUGUCAUCUUGGCUGAAAAUGGUUUCCUGCCCACUCAACUAGUAGGCAUCAGGCUCAAGUGGGAUGACCGCUCUACCAACGACCUGGAAGACAGCUAUGGACAGCAGUGGACAUACGAGCAGAGGAAGAUUGUGGAAUUCACAUGCCACACAGCCUUCUUUGUCAGUAUUGUAGUAGUGCAGUGGGCUGAUGUCAUUAUCUGCAAGACAAGACGUAACUCUGUGUUCCAGCAGGGCAUGAAGAACAAAAUUUUGAUCUUCGGCCUGUUUGAAGAGACAGCCCUGGCUGCCUUCCUGUCCUAUUGCCCAGGCAUGGAUGUGGCACUCAGGAUGUAUCCUCUAAAGCCUACCUGGUGGUUUUGUGCAUUCCCCUACAGUUUUCUCAUCUUUGUUUAUGAUGAAGUCCGAAAACUUCUCCUCCGUCGGAACCCUGGAGGUUGGGUGGAAAAGGAGACAUACUAUUGAUCGAUGGAGCAUCUAUGCUCAAACCCCCUUCAUCUUCCGCUUAUUUCUCCCUCCUGUCACUCUUUCCCUGGCAAGACACACCUCCAGAUGCCCUGCCCCCUUAAA